AUGGCCACCGCCGACCCCAUUCCACCGGCCAUACUCUCCUAUGUUACCUCCUCUGUCUACCCGGAUUCAGAGUCCAUCUCCUCCUCCACCCUCACCCCCUCUACCCUCUCCAACUUGCUGUUGUCUCUUCGAGCAGAACAAGAGAAGGCCCAAUCGUCCAUUCGCUCCCUCUCCCGAGAUACCGCGCCGGACAUUGACUCCUGGAUCUCCCACGCUAAGUCGCUCCAGGCGGAUAUACUACGCUCGCGAGACCUAGCCAGGGAGAUUGUAGCAGAUGCAGAGAAGGGCAGGGAGGUCAAAGAUGAAGUCGAAGAUAGCGGGAGCAAGGUCAAGCUGUUGGAGCGGGAGGUACAGUUCAACGAGCAUUUGCAGACUGCCUUGGAAGAUGCAAACGAAGUCAACGAGUUGUUGGAGAAGGCGGCCGAGCAAGCCGUGACAGCAGAUGUGCUGAACUCGUUCGAGACGAUGCGGGGAGCGGAGGAGAGAACCGACGAUCUAGAAGGGCGAAUGGGACCGCGGGCAGUCGAGGUGCUGAGACAGAAGAGAGAGGGACUCAAGCGGGGAAUGGCAGAGACGACUACCGAGUGCUGGGAUGGGCUGGUCCAAGUCAGUGUGGAGGAGAGGUGGAUGAGGGUGCAGAAGCAUGGGAUUGAUGCCAAUGUGCCGGAUGCUGUGGUGCAAGAGCUGGAUCUCGAGACUGUUGUGUGGGGACUGAAGGCGUUGGGGAUCUUUGAUGGGGUGGUGCAGAAGCUGGCGAAGGAUAUCGAAAGAGCGCUACUGAGACCAAGAAUGAAUGUCGAUGAGGACGAACAGGUGGCGAAGGUGGAGGUCAAACAUGGAAAAUGCUCGUGCUGUGGGAAGAGCAGUGACCUGAGCACGAAAGGGCUGUUUGAAGACCUACGACGGAUCACGGACUUCCUGAACUCUAAGCUACCGGCCACUGUGAUAGAGCCACUUUCAGCUGAGCUUGUAUCCGCGCUUGCUGCACGUCUCGAAAACCAAUGGCUGGACCCUGCUGUACCGACAGCCAUAGAAGGCAUACCUGAAUUUCAAGACUUGCUUGCGGACCUUGAAGCCUUCACGGAUUACCUGGAAGGGCAAGGGUGGUCGGGGACUAGACCAUUACGGGAAUGGGCAGAGCAGGCUCCUCGAGCUUGGCUGACGAAGCGGCGGGAAGUCGUUCUUGGUGAUGCACGAAAUUUAGUGUUUGGGGGGUUGAGGGAACGAAAGACGGUGGAAAGGGUGGAGACGAGAGUGGUCAGCAAGGAGGAAAUGGGCAUGACUGCUACUCAGGGCGAGGACGAUGACUGGGAUGCGGCGUGGGAUGACCCAGAGGAGAGUAAGCCAUCUGCACCAGAGCCGGUCGUCGAGCCAGCCAAAUCAGAAGACGAGGAUGAUGAGGCAAGCGCCUGGGAUAUCGAGGACGACGACUACCGCUCCAACAAGGACAACGCAAGUACUAACGGCGAUGAUGAAAAAGAUGCAUGGGGCUGGGGUGAUGACGACCAGAAAUCUCAACCCUCCAGCCCAGUGGCCACCAAAAAGUCCCAACCUACCGCAUCGAACAGUCCCUCCAAACCCAACGGCAACUCACCCCAAGAACAAUCUCUCACCCUCCGCGAAACCUUCACCGUCACCUCCAUCCCCGACGGCAUCCUCUCCAUCCUCCAAUCCACCAUCUCCGACGCCCAAACCCUAGCCGGACCCCAAUACACCUCCUCCCCUUUCGCCCCAGCAGCAGCAGCACUCUACACCCUCCCCACCCUCGCCCUCGCCAUCUACCGCGCCACCGCACCCACCGCCUACGCCAAAGUCGACGGCCUAGGAAACAUGCUCAUCUACAACGACGCCUCGCGCCUGUCCGACCAGCUGCGAAAUUGGCAGAGCUCUCAACCCCCUUCUUCACGGCUGAAAAUGGACAGCGACCUCACCGCGCUAGAAGUCUUCGCCAAACGCGCCUAUGUGGCUGAAAUGGACGCGCAGCGCACUAUCCUCAUCGACCUGCUGGACGGCGCGCAGGGAUUCGUGGGAUGUACGCAGUUCCCUCAAAAGAGCCAGUGUGAGGGUGCGGUUGAGGGAGCGGUGGCGAGGCUGAGGGAUGUGCAUGCGAUGUGGAAACCUAUACUGAGCUCUGGGGCGCUAUUGCAGAGUCUGGGCAGUUUACUCAAUACCGCCACCACCAAAAUGAUUACCGAGAUCGAAGACCUAGGUGAUAUCUCUGAGCCUGAAUCGCAGCAACUCAAACAGCUCUGCGAGACCGUCCUCUCCGUGCGAGACAUCUUCACCCAGCCUCCCGAAGGCGAUACGGGUGAAGGGAAGGAUAUGUCCUUCAUCUACUGCCCCACGUGGCUGAAGUUCCAGUAUUUGGCGGAGAUUCUGGAGAGCAGUAUGGCGGAUAUCAGGUGGAUGUGGAAGGAAGGGGAGUUGAGUCUGGAGUUUGCGGGGGAGGAGGUGGUGGAGUUGAUCGAGGCGCUGUUUGCGGAGAGUGGGUUGAGGAGGGAGGCUGUGAGGGAGGUGCGGGGGCGUUGA